ACAAAGCAAAACACACAAUAAAGCGCGGAAAUCACAACUGAAAGCAUAAGUCAGAAAACCGUUUAUGCACCUUGAGGCAGGCGUUGCACUGUCGCACCACACGUGUCACGGAGACCGUGACCUGUUUGAAUGUACUCAAAAACCCGCCAACUCAAUAGCGUGUGGACAAUUUUUUGCAAAUCUUUGUAAAUAAUCAUAUUUAUGGAACAAACGGUAAAUAUUUACCAGCGCAAACAGUUACACAAAUACACAAAGCACACAGACAUUAAUUGCUACGCAUAUUGAAAAACACACGCACUCACACACAAACUCAUAUCAAGUGAGACCCAACAGUCAUUGGAAGAGGAUGAGACGUGUAAAUAAUUUGCGGUCAGAAGUCUAUAAACCAUUGACUAGACAAACAUAGCGUCAUGGAAAGAAAGAAUGGAAGAAAAUACAAAACAUUUUCUAGCCAGCCUAGUGAGCUUUAGUUCUGGUUUACUUUCAGUCGACAUCAGACCGCCAAUCAAUCACGGAACAAUGGUUUAUCCAGCACGCUUUCAAGCACCACAAGCUAACGCGCUGCAGCUGUCCUACUCGCCGGGGCAUACGCCAUUACCACAGAAGCCGCGCAUGAUAAUACAGCUGCCGUCCUUGAAGAGUAUACGACGCACGGCCGGUGAGAUCAGUGCCUCCGCCUGGGAGCUGGCCUUCCGCUUCGGCCAGAACACGACAAUACACGGCGUUAAUCGGUUGUUUAGCAGACGCGCUGGAAAGUAUGAACGUUGCAUCUGGUUCCUUACCGUCAUGCUCGCUCUAUUCGGCGCUAUUUACGUCAGCAACUUGCUCUCCGAACGUUUCAGAGAAGGCCGAUUGGAGACUGUAGUGGAUAGCACGCGCUAUCCCAUCUAUCACGUCAGCUUUCCAGUAGUGUCUAUAUGCAAUAUGAAUCAACUAAAUUGGCAACGGCUGGAAGAGGCUAAGCGUCGUUAUCUCGAGCCCGAUGUGACACCGGAAAGUCAGGAACUCUUCGAGCGUGUUCUUGGCAGUUUUGAUAAUAUAAAGUUUGCCGGUUUUGAAAGUUUUAUGAAAUUCAAAAAUAUUUCUCUCGAUGCGUUGAAUUACGUCAACUUCACACAAGUAAUGAUUUUUAUGACUUGGCGUUGCGAGGAGUUCUUGAGUCAUUGUGUAUGGAAUCAUUUCCCCAUGAACUGUUGUGACAUCUUCUCUUUGCGACGCAGCAAAAAUGGUCUCUGUUGGGCUUUCAACUCUUUGGAAACGGAUGAGGGACGUCAGAAGCAAAAAGUCGAUAAGCUAUGGCCUUGGCAUACAGGCGCCGCCAGUCCAGGUAGUGGACUCAUCGUACGCGCACUUAUUAAUCCGAAGAAACACUAUCCAAGCAGCACCAAUGAGAAGGGAGUAAAUGUUAUGAUUUCGGAGCCAAAUGUGUGGCAUAAGGAUCCAAUCAACAUACUGGAAAAUAUGCACGCUUUGGUGGAGGUGGAACCCGAAAUGUAUUUCCAUGACAAUAGUACUCGUCGAUUGAGUACUAAGUCAAGAGAAUGCAUUUUCAAUGACGAAACUAAAUCAAAGUAUUUUCGCACACUUCAUGGUUACGUUUAUAUGAUUGAGAAUUGCCAAUCGGAGUGCCAUCAACAGUACUUGGUGAAAUUUUGUAAUUGCACGUUGGAUUUGCUAUUUCCACCUGGACCCUAUGCCAGCUGUCAAGCGAAGGACCUGUUGUGUUUGGCGCAGAAUAACGAUCGCUUUGUAUACUCUCGCCCCGAGGAGGAGGAGUUAUAUGUGCGCAACUAUCACGAGAGCAUGGUUUGUGAGUGUUACCGGAAUUGUCACUCGCUCAGCUAUAUGACGGAUGAACGUUCAACAUCGAUAUCGGAGGAAACGCGCGGCAAUCACUCAAUUGUCGUCUUAGAUGUACAUUUUCGUUUCCACACAAUCAUGGUUUUUCGCACGGGCUUAGUCUUCGGUUGGGUGGACUUAAUUGUCGCCUUUGGUGGACUUGCUGGUCUCUUUCUCGGCUGCUCGCUGAUUAGCACCAUGGAGUUGGCCUACUUUCUGCUCGUUGAUCUGCCCACCUUUGUACUGCAAAAAUAUCGCAACGAUAAGGGUAAAAUACAAAUUCAACAACGUGUCGGCGUUGGGUCCUUGCAACGGCUGUACAAAAACAAAAAUAGUAACUUGAAACCACAAUUCAACAUGAAAGGUCAACUAAUUCAACCCCAAAGCUAUGAAAGACUAUACAAUAAUAUCAAAAUUAGCCGGAGGCCGCCGCUUAUCACAGACUGGCAGGCGCCACAAAUCGCCAAAAUACACCAUUGGAGCAGCUUGAAUAACAAAUGAACUAUUUAGUGAUUUAAGUUAUAUUAAUUUUACAUACAAAUUGCAAAAAUUAUUGAUCUUAAGGCACGGUA